AUGUUGAAGUCUUUACGUGUACUUUUGCGUGGUAUACGUAUUCCACCAGAUGACAAAAGUUGCCAAAUUAUUGCAGAAACAGCAUCAAUGGUCUCUGAUUUUUGCUUUUGCUUUCGACGUCGUGGUGAUCGAAAUGAAUAUGAUAUUGAUAUAGCAUACACGAAGCACUCUUUAUUCAUCAAACAAUUACGAAAUCGUAUUCUUGCUUUACCAGUAAAUGAAAACCCGUAUAUUGUUGUUGAGAAAUAUAGUUUUGAUUAA